AUGCCAGAUAAGAUGGUUGAAGAAGAACCUUCUAAGCUCGUUUUACCAGUUCGAUCAUCUUUUUCUUGGAAACCUUCACUUUAUCCACCUGGUGAAUUACAUAUCUGGUCAACAUCUCUUUCAGAAACAUUUUCAUUUGGAACUAAACCGAAUCAAAUUGAUGAUCUCAAAACUUCUACAAAUCCUCCAGAAGUUUUAAUUAUCUUAAUACCUGGAAACCCAGGCUUAGUUGAAUUUUAUGAUGAGUUUCUAAAUAAUCUAUAUGAAAACCUUUCAUCUAAAAAUAUUUCAAAUCAAAUUGUUUGUGUGGGUCAUCUUGGACAUUCUUUAAAUCAAUCUAAUUCAGAUUUAAGAUACUUGAAAAACUUUAAUUUGUUUUCAGAACAAGAUGGGUAUGCUAAUUUAAAAGAUCAAAUUCGUUAUCAUCAAGAUUUUGUUGAAAGGAUUGGAGGUUUAGUUGAUCUUGAGAAGACUAAGGUGGUUUUGAUCGGUCAUAGUGUAGGAGCACAUAUUGCUGCAAAGGUUUUAGAAAAACAUCCUAAGAUAGUUCAUCAUCUCUAUGGAUUAUUUCCUACACUCUCUCAAAUCGGUAGUACAGGUAAUGGAAAAUCUAUGUCACCGAUGUUUUGGCCCAUCUCAUUACCGAUCCUACAUUGUGUUCAACUUCUUCUAUCACUUAUACUUCCAAGAGGAAUCUUAUUAAGUUUAGUUAACUUGAUUACUUUGAUUGGAAAACCUAAAAGUGAACGAAUAGCCUUAUCGAUCAAUAAUUUAAAUACAGCGACUCAAUUAGUGAUUAAUUCGAAUACAGUGGCUGCUGCAUUAAUUAUGGCUAGAUGGGAAAUGAAAGAGAUUUUAGAAAUUGAUGAAAGGUUUAUUAAAACUUAUAGACAGAAGAUUUCACUUUAUUGGACUGAAGAAGGGAAAGAUUUAUGGGUGAAUGAAGAGGAAAUUGUGAAACUUCAAAACCUUUUGGAUUCUUCUUUAAAUGAUGAGAAAAAACAAAUUGGAAUUGAUCAAGAUGAAGGGAAUGUUGAAGGAACUGAAGGUCGAGCUUUACCUCGAGUUGGUCUUCUAGGUGGGCAACGUUGGGAGAGGUCUACUGUCUCUGAAGGGAUCCCUCAUGGAUUUUGUUUAGAAUACAAUGAAAUCAUGGCUGAGAAAUGUGCUUCAUGGAUUGAAAAUCUCUUAAAGGUUUCAACGACCUAA